AUGCGUUUUAGAGUGAUAUUGAUUGUUAUGAUGGUUUUAGUGUAUGGCUAUAAUAAAAAGGAUACUUGUCAGAAUAUCUAAAAAUUUACAUAUGAUGAAUGGGAUGCAAAAUUAAUGUGUCCAAAUCCUUUAGCUCCAAUUCUAGAAAGUCAGAAUAUACCAAAAGCAAAAUGCAACAGAUUCAAACCUAAUUUUGAUUCCCCUAAUAGAAGAUUGAAUGUUCAAGAUGUUGAAGAGUUAAGAUAGAAGAUGAAAUAAAAAUAAGAAGGAAAUCUUAAAUUUGAUCAUGAUUAACAAUAUAAGCAAUUUAAAGAAUAAUAAAAUAAAAAAUAACAAAAGGAUGAUUUAUGA